UUCAGAUCCGUUAGCCAUGCGGGGUCCCCCCCCCCCGGCCUCUCAACCUGCAAGCUCCCCACAAACUCCCCCCCCCACGCCCCCCAGGACGGUAACAGCAGCUGCUAUCAGACCCCCUCCCCCGCCCAGAGCUACGGGCUUGCCGAGACCCACUGAGGCAGGGGGCUGCGGGUCGGGAGCGAGGGGCACCCCCCUGCAGCGGGGACAGCGGGUCCACAGUGCAAGGGGGGGCGGGAGGGGGACAGGGCGGCCUGGGUCACGGUGACCCCGCCCCGGGGAGAUAAGGCCCCUGUGUGCCUUGGCCUUGGCCCAGGGACCAGCCGGGAUACAAACGCCCCCCGGGCGCCCAGCCCGCAGACCCCGAGUCCGGCCACGGCCGCCAUGCAGCUGCCGCUCGGCGCCCUGCUCUGCCUGCUGCUGGCCCCGGGGCCCGUGCUGGGGGGCCAGGCCGAGGCGCCCGCCCCCCGGCCCUACAACCAGGUCAUCAUGGCGCCCAACGGGGCCCCGCGGGGGGCGUGGGGGCCCGUGGAGAUGUGCCCCCCGGCCAGCUACGCCAACGGCUUCGCCUUGAAGGUGCACCCCUACCAGGGCGACGCGCCGGGGGAGGACGACACGGGGCUGAACGGGAUCCGUCUACACUGCUCCGACGGCUCCACCGUCCAGUCCAGCGUGGGAGCCUGGGGCAGGUGGCUGGGCGCCCGGUACUGCCCCCGGGGCUACCUUCGGGCCUUCUCGCUGGGGGUGCAGCCGCAGCCGGACGCCGGGGACGACGUGGCCGCCACCGGCCUGCGCGUGGCCUGCUCCGACGGGGAGCUGCUGGCCGGGGACGCCGGGGACGCCGGGGGCCAGGAGGGGCCCUGGAGCCGCCCCUGCCUCUCCGGCUCCGUCUGCGGCCUCCAGACCCGGGUGGAGGAGCCCCGGGGCCAGCGGGGGGACAACACGGCCCUCAACGACGCCCGCUUCUUCUGCUGCCCCCCCUAGGGCCCCCCCCGGGGGCGCCCGCCCAUUAAACCUGCCUCGCAGCCUCUUCCCAGCC